GCGCGGGACUAUAUAAUCCUCGACGGAGGAGGGGAAGAGGAAAGGGAAGGUAUCGGGGUAUCAUCCAAAGUGGGGGCAUAUGUGGAGAGGCAGUGUGAGUCCCUCUUUCCCUGUCAUCUCUCCCCUACUAGGCCCAUUUGCCCUCUCCCCCCUCCAUCCAUCCAUCCAUUCAUCCAUAUCUCCCUUCCUUUUGCCGUCCCUUUUUCUUGAUUUGAUUCUUCUUCCUCCCAUGGUCUCUCCUCUUCUCUCCCCUUCCUUACACUAACAGAGAGCUCUUCUUCUUCUUCUUCUUCUUCUUCUUCUUCUUCUUCUUCUUCUUCUUCUUCUUCUUCCUCUCAGCUAGCCGUGCUCCGGCUGCGUGAGAUGUAAGACGACGCGCGAAUCAAAAAUCUCAAAAUCUCAAGAAGCCAAGAACAGCAGCAGCAAGUAGAAGGAAAAAGGAGGAGAGAAUUAAGAGGGAAUCCAAGAACAGUGGCCGGGCGAUUAUUCUAGCUCUAGUUGGGAUGAUUGGAUUGGAUCCCCAGCCAGCAGCAGCAAGCAAUUCUUGGCCAUCGGUUGUGGGUGGCUGUUGAUUCAUGCAUCACGAGCACUCAAUAAAGUAUGCAGAUCUGUGCGCCCCUCUCUGAUUUGUUCAUCCAGGCAAAAGAGUAUCUUGCUUCUGUGAGGAUACUAAAGCGUGAAGUGUUGGGGGUUAGCUUUUGAUUGAAGCCAUCGAAAAUUUUCCAGUGAACUUUCAGGCCCUGCUGAAAGAAGAAUCUACUGAAAGAGGGAAGAUUCGUAACCUUGGAAGAUAUGCUGCCUUACUUUGAUCCGGAGUAUGAGAACUUCAGUCAGCGCAUCAACCCUCCUAGGGUAUGCAUUGACAACAGCACCUGCAGCGACUGCACCUUAGUGAAGGUCGACAGCAUGAACAAGAAUGGCAUCCUGUUGGAGGUGGUGCAAGUUCUGAGCGAUCUCGAUCUCGCCAUCUCGAAGGCGUACAUCACCUCUGAUGGUGGAUGGUUCAUGGAUGUGUUUCAUGUGGUGGACAAGCAAGGGCAGAAGGUGACUGAUGAGAAGACCAUUAAGCACAUUGAGAAGGCGUUAGGCCCAGACAGCAACCUGCUGGGUGGCGCGAAGGGCGGGUCGUCGCCGGUGAGGUCGGUGGGGAUGCACUCCAUCGGCGACCACACCGCCAUCGAGCUCAAGGGGCCCGACCGGACGGGCCUCCUCUCCGAGGUCUUCGCCGUGCUCGCCGAGCUCGGCUGCAACGUGCUCGCCGCCGAGGUGUGGACGCACCGCGCCCGCGUCGCCUGCGUCGUGUACGUGAACGACGUCGCGUCGGGGCAGGCCGUCGGCGACCCGUGCCGCCUGUCCCGGAUCGAGCACCGCCUCCGCCUCGUCCUCCGCGGCCACGCCGGCGGCGACGACGGCGACGGCGACGACGGCCCGGCGCACGCCAACUUCUUCUCCUCCGGCGGCGCCGGGUCGAACACCCACGUCGACCGGCGGCUCCACCAGUUGAUGCACGCCGACGUGGACGCCGACGACGACGACGGCCUCGACAGCCGCGCCAUCGUGUCGGGCGAGGCCGGGAACGCGGCGGCGGCGGAGGAGAGGCCGGUGGUGACGGUGGAGCACUGCGAGGAGAAGGACUACUCGGUGGUGAACGUCAAGUGCAGGGACAGGUCCAAGCUGCUGUUCGACAUCGUGUGCACGCUCACCGACAUGCACUACGUCGUCUCCCACGCCUCCGUCUCCUCCGACGGCAUCUACGGCAUCCAGGAGCUGUACAUUCGUCGGAAGGAUGGGCGCACGCUACAGAAGGACGAAGCAGGGAGGGUGAUCAAGUGCCUUGAAGCGGCCAUCUCCAGAAGAGUAUCUGAGGGAUUCACCCUGGAGCUGUGCGGCAGGGACAGGGUCGGGCUGCUGUCCGACGUGACGCGGGUGCUCAGGGAGCACGGCCUGACGGUGACGAGGGCCGACGUCACGACGGUCGGCGGCCAGGCCAUCAACGUCUUCUACGUCCGCGACGCCUCCGGCGAGCCGGUGGACAUGAAGACCAUCGAGGGCCUCCGCGUCCAGGUCGGCCACACCGUCAUGCUCAACGUCAAGAAGGUGCCCUCCUCCCCCUCCUCCUCCUCCGCCGCCGCCGCCGCCGCCGCCAACGGCAAGUCGCCGGGGCAGCCUGCCUCCGGCGCCCUGUCCAGGACCAGCUUCUUCUCCUUCGGCAACCUCUUCGCCAAGCUCAGAGCAUGAUAUAAUUCACCUGAAUCUCUGAAGAAUUAUGGUCCCUUUUUCGGGUUGCGCAAAUCGCCAUAAGGAGAAGGAGAUUUCAGUUGAAAUUUUAGAGUUUAGGGGGUGAGGGUGAGAAACUGCGUGUGGCAUAUGGCAGAAAAAGAAAUUGCUGUUGUUGUAUAGUCCAUAAACCAUAAGGAGCUCUACCUACCAGUGUAGGAAAUGAGAAAAAAAUGCUGGAUCCAUGGUGUUGGUUCUGUUCUGUGCAAUGCAGAUUGCAGAAUGCAGACUGCUCUUGAGUUGCAUGAAUGAGCUUUUUGAGCUAUCUGUUCAUCUUUUGUACAGCAUCUUUCUAGCAGAAGCUCAAAGAAAUUUCAGUAGAUCA